CGUCGUACUAUAAAGAGUCUUUUAGGGCUUUUCCGGUUUCAAUAAUAAAUAUCUGAAUUAUUAAAUUAGGUCACAAAAUUAACCCUGUUCUCCUCUCUCUCACAUUCUCAUGGCAACACCUCCCUUAUUCUCCGUUAAACAGGAGCCAGAUCACCAAUCACCUCUACCAUUGAUACCACUACCACAACCUUACGUCAAAGGCGAACCAGUAGAAGAACUCCCAAUCGUCACUAUCCAACAACAAGAACCUCAGUUUUUGCAAUCAAUUGAAGAACUCAACACCCUCUCUUCUGCUAUUAACGAAUUUUAUCGUCGAUUUAGUGAAUUACAAAACCACCUCGAUUUUAUCCACACUUCCAUUAAACAACAUGAAGAACAACAGCAAAUUCAGGACGCACCUACACCUACAAUAACAACACCAACAAUUGUCACUGAUAAUCAAACAACAAUAACAGAUGCUAAAAAAGAAACUGUUAUUAAUUCAGCACCACCACCAGCAAAAUCAUCAUCAUCAUCGGAGCUUAUAAGUCUAUGUGAAAUGAUGUGCGGAAGAGGCCUCCGUAAAUAUCUCACCUCCAAUCUUACAAACAUUCCGAAACUUCGCAACGAAGUUCCUACCGCAUUAAAAUACGCUCCCAAGCCGGCUAAGUUAGUCUUUGAUUGUUUUGGUGGGUUUUAUUUGCAGGGGAGUAGGGCCUACACUAAGGAUUCUCCUAUGGUUCCUGGGAGAAAAGCUAGCAUUUUGGUUUUGGAGUUGUUUUUGUUAAUUCUUGAUGAUGGCAUUCAGUUUGAUUCUGAUUUAAGGCAGGAGGCUCAACAGGCUGCUGCUGCUUGGAGAAAGAGGCUUAUAGCUGAGGGUGGUGUUAGUAAGGCUUGUGAAAUUGAUGCUAGGGGUUUGCUGCUGUUUGUUGGUUGUUUUGGGAUUCCUAAAGUUUUCACUAGUGGGGAUAUUUGGGAUUUGAUUCGCUCGAGUAAUUUGCAGCAGAUUUCAGAUGCGCUAAAAAGAUCUCACGUUCUUGUUACUAAAGUUUCAGAUAUCCUGGAGAGGAUGAUGAACAAUGGAAUGAAAAUUGAAGCAAUUGAUGUAGCUUAUACUUUUGGGAUUGAGGACAAAUUUCCUCCCCAGAAACUUUUGACCUCAUUCCUGCGAGAUUCUAAAGAAGCAUUGAAGAGGAGAAGAAGAGAAGCAAAUAAUUCACCUGUCUUGCUGAAAGAAGCAAGUCAGAAGCAUCUGUCCACUUUGAAAUCUGCUAUGAAAUUUCUUGAAGGUCGCAAGCUUGAUCCUAAGAAACUUCUUCCUGGAUGGCAAGUUACAGAGAAGAUAGACAAGUUAGAGAAAGAAAUUGCCGACCUUAAUAGAAAGAUAGAUGACAAGGUAGCACCAAAAAGAAAAGCAGAUGAGAAUGAGUUCUCAAUUAACUUGAAGAGUCAAGAAGUGAAACGUCUUCGAUUUACAGGUUCACCCCUGAUAUCUUCUCCAAGCUUUGGGUUGCAUGAACAAAGGGUUCCUAGUCAUUUGGAUGGCAAUGGCUCAUACAAUGCUUCAACAAGAAUAAACAUGGUGGAUGGUGGUUUCUCUUGUCUUAUCAGCAAUCCUCCUGUCGCUGGGUCUAUGCUUUAUGGAUCUGGUUCCUACUCAGCUGCAUAUGGUGUCCCAUCCACCAGUUCAUUUGCUGGAGUUUACAGGGAGACGCUUGCUGAUAGAACUGGGAACAUAACAGGAAGCAAUGUUUCUGCAUUUGGAUGGCAUGGUGUUGGGGAUGCCUCCAUCAUUGAUGGAACGAGGGGACAGAGUUUGGUUCAUCAAUCUGGAUCUGGGUUGUUUGGCCCAUCAAUAGAAGGCUUUGCGGGUCUUCCAAAUUCUUCGCCUCCUGGUGCUGCUAAUCAGAGCUCAGCUUCUGAUCUAUACCGGUUUGCUGAUGCUGUUAAGUGAAUAGAACACAGCAAGUAUGGCUUCUCAAUGCCUGUUUGAGGAAUAUGACGCACUAGACAGGUCGCAUUGCCUGGUUCUGAUAUGUAAAUUGAAUAGUAAAUGAUUUUGUUGGCCAGAGAAAAUGGCUGAAGCAUUACGUUUUAGUCAUGACAAGGCUGCUGCUCAUCAUGUUCAACCUCCCUGCCAAUCCAUCAGGAUCAUACAAGCAUUACGUUUUUAUUUUGUGCAGUGGGAAUUGAUGCAAGUGUUGGGUUGCUCCAGUUCAUGUAGACUAGAUUUCACCUUCUGAAGGCAAAUUGUAUGUAUUAUAGUGUUCUAGGCAAUGCGCACUUAGUUGGAGUUCUCUUGAUUGUUACAUUAUGUGGCCACAGUUAACCAAGUAAAAUAAUAAUUCGUGCCCAAGUAAA